AUGCUGCGCGCGGCGGCGCGGCGCGCUCUCCCCGCCGCGCUGGCGCGCGGUGCCAGGCGCUACACCGGCCACGCGCCGUCGUCCACCCUCGCGCUCGUGUACGACAACCACGGCCACCCGUCCAAGGCGCUCCGGCUCCGGGAGGUGCCCGUCCCGCCCCUCGGACCCGACGACGUCCUCGUCGAGAUGAUCGCCUCGCCGGUGAACCCCGCGGACCUCAACGUCGUCGAGGGCACGUACCCCAUCCGCCCCGGAACGUUCCCGGCGAUCGGCGGGAACGAGGGCCUCGGGCGCGUGAUGCGCGUCGGCGAGCGCGUGCGGGCGGCGCUCGCGACGCGGUACCCGACGGAAUCUAACAACGGCGACGCGUUCUCGCCCGAGUCGCUGGCGCGAGGGGCGCCGUUACACGUGGUCACGGCGGAGCCGGGAUGCGGCACGUGGCGCGCGCACGCGGUGAUUCCGGCGCGAAAGCUUCGAACGCUCCAGCGCGGGACCGAGCCCGCCAGCGUCCUGCCGGGCGCGAGCGCGCACGAACCCUACCUCGAGGAGCUCGCGCAGAUGUCGGUGAAUGUGCAAACCGCGUGGCGAAUGCUCGAAGAUUUCGUCAGACUCGACUACGAACAAGCCACGGUGGUGCUCAACGCGCCGAUGUCCGCGGUGGGACGCGCCGCGAUACAGCUGUGCAAGCACCGCGGCGUCGACGUCGUCGCGCUCUUACGUCCCAGGCCGUCCCACGAGGCGUUCGCCGCGGAUGCCAACCGACUCGUCGAGCUCGGCGCUUCGCUUGUCUUCGACGACGACGGCGCCGCGCAUCGAACCACGGACGCUCGGUCACGGUUGGCCAACCUACCGCCCAUCAAACUCGCCCUCAACGGCGUCGGCGGCGCGUCGUGCGUCAACGCGGCGUCGAUGCUGGCGAGGGACGGGGUGGUCGUGACGUACGGCGGCAUGUCCAAGCAACCGGCGGGGAUCCCGACGGGCGCGGCGAUAUUCAAAAACGUCGCCGCCAGGGGGUUCUGGCUGACGCGCUGGCUCGAGGAUCGGAGGAUGGAGGAGGAGGCGUCGGUGCACACGGACCCGAGCGUGGUGCCGUGGGCGCACGGGUCGUUCAUGCCUCCGUCGGACAGCGCCUACGCAAAGGGGAAGAGGCACGCCAUGGCGACGGAGUGCGAGCGGCUCAUUCGCGCGGGUACGCUGAACCUACCCACGCGGCGCGUGGGUCUGGAGGAGGCGGUCGACGUCAUCGGGGAGGGCGCGUCGGUGGGGGCGGGGAAGACGAUGAUCUGGAUGAGGGAGUAG